GCCGCAGCAUCGCGGGAUCCGCGGCCAUUGCGGCCGAGGCGGGGCCGCUCCCGGGGCCGCUCCCCGCUCAGCCCCGGCCAUGAGGAGGAGGAGGAGGGCGGCGGCUCCGCGCUGAGACCCCCCGGAUGCUACUGAGACCCCCCGGACCCUGCUGAGAGGCCCCGGACCCUGCUGAGAACCCCCGGAUGCUGCUGAGACCCCCCCAGGACUGAUGGAGCUGAGCCCCCCGGACUGGAGGUGCUGAAGACCCGGGUGAUGCUGAACCCCCCUGGACCGUGCUGAGCCCCCCUGGACCCUGCCGAACCCCCGGACUGGAGGUGCUGGACCUUCCAGGACCCUGCUGAGCUCCACGACGGACGGGGCUGAGCCCCCCUGGACUCUGCGGAGCGCCCCUGGAUCUUGCUGAACCCCCGGACUGACAGGGCUGAGCCCCCGGAUCCUGCUGAACCCCCCGGGUCGGUUCUGAGCUCGGGGCUCCGCCGCAGGCACUUGGGAAAUUACCCAGGGGUUCAGAGCUGAGGGAAUUCUGUGGGAGCAUGGCUGGAGCAGGGCACGGAGCCUGGGCACGGAAUGUGGGCGGUGAUGGGGGAUGCUCCUCCCUGCCUCCCUGGUGGGUCUGCGCCCUGGGGCUGUGAUCCCGACCUGCUCCUGCUGUUCCCGGGGCUGCACAGCACAUCCCAGGAGCCAUGAGGAGGUUUGGCUACUGCCGGGUGGUGCUGGCCACCUCCCUGCUCUGGGUGCUGCUGGACGUGUUCCUGCUGCUCUACUUCAGCGAGUGCAACAAAUGCGACGACAGCAAGGAGCGCUCGCUGCUGCCGGCGCUGCGCGCCGUCAUUUCCCGGAGCCAGGAGGGCCCGGGGGAGAUGGGCAGGGCCGUGCUCAUCCCCAAGGAGGAGCAGGAGAAGAUGAAGGAGCUGUUCAAGAUCAACCAGUUCAACCUCCUGGCCAGCGACCGCAUCGCCCUGAACCGCAGCCUGCCCGACGUGCGGCUGGACGGGUGCAAGAGCAAGGUGUACCCGGAGGAGCUGCCCAACACCAGCGUGGUGAUCGUGUUCCACAACGAGGCGUGGAGCACGCUGCUGCGCACGGUGCACAGCGUGCUGGAGCGCUCCCCGCCGCGCCUGCUGGCCGAGAUCGUGCUGGUGGACGAUGCCAGCGAGAGAGAGUUCCUGAAGGGCUCCCUGGAGCGCUACGUGCGGAAGCUGGGGGUGCCGGUGCGGAUCCUGCGCAUGGAGCAGCGCUCGGGGCUGAUCCGCGCGCGGCUCCGCGGGGCGGCGGCCGCCAAGGGCCAGGUGCUCACCUUCCUGGACGCCCACUGCGAGUGCACCCUGGGCUGGCUGGAGCCGCUGCUGGCCAGGAUCAAGGAGGACAGGAAAACUGUGGUGUGUCCCAUCAUCGACGUGAUCAGCGACGACACCUUCGAGUACAUGGCGGGCUCGGACAUGACCUACGGGGGCUUCAACUGGAAGCUGAAUUUCCGCUGGUACCCCGUGCCCCAGCGGGAGAUGGAGCGCAGGAAGGGGGACAGGACCCUGCCUGUCAGGACCCCAACUAUGGCUGGUGGCCUGUUUUCUAUUGACAGGAACUACUUUGAAGAGAUAGGAACUUACGAUGCAGGAAUGGAUAUCUGGGGUGGCGAGAAUCUUGAAAUGUCCUUUAGGAUCUGGCAGUGUGGAGGCUCCCUGGAGAUCGUCACCUGCUCCCACGUGGGACACGUGUUCCGCAAGGCCACCCCCUACACCUUCCCGGGGGGCACCGGCCACGUCAUCAACAAGAACAACCGCCGGCUGGCCGAGGUCUGGAUGGACGAGUUCAAGGAUUUCUUCUACAUCAUCUCCCCUGGGGUGGUGAAGGUGGAUUAUGGAGAUGUUUCUGUCAGGAAAGCCCUGCGGGAGAGCCUCGGGUGCAAACCCUUCUCCUGGUACCUGGAGAACGUCUACCCCGACUCGCAGAUCCCGCGGCGCUACUACUCCCUGGGAGAGAUCAGGAAUGUUGAAACCAACCAGUGCUUGGACAACAUGGGCCGCAAGGAGAACGAAAAAGUGGGAUUUUUCAACUGCCACGGCAUGGGAGGGAACCAGGUGUUUUCCUACACGGCGGACAAGGAGAUCCGCACGGACGACCUGUGCCUGGACGUGUCGCGGCUCAACGGCCCCGUCCUCAUGCUCAAGUGCCACCACCUGAGGGGCAACCAGCUCUGGGAGUACGAUGCCGAGAAGCUCACCCUGAGGCACCUGAACAGCAACCAGUGCCUGGCGGAGCCGUCGGAGGACGACCGGCUGGUGCCCACCAUGCGGGAAUGCGGCGGCGGCCGCGCCCAGCAGUGGCUGCUGCGCAACAUGACCCUGGCGGCCUGACUCCCGCCCCACAGCCCGCUCUUCCCGCUCUUCCCGCUGCUCCCAGCGGGGCCCAGCCCUCUCCCGGCCCCAGGGAGUCACCGCGGGGCUGCCCUUGGAUCCAUCCGUGCCUCCGAGUGAGCCGAGAGCUGCUGGCACCAGGGAUUCCAGGGAUUCCAGAGGCAUCGUCCGACCUGGUGGAGUUGGGAUGUGGAGGUGGCGCUGUCACACGUCACCACGGAGAGGUGGCCCUGUCAAAGUGGCCUCAUGGCACCAGCUGGCACCGGGAGCUGUCCUGGGAGGGGCGGCCGGAGCUGGGCUCUGCUGGAGAACAUCCUGGAGAACAUCCUGGAAUAUCCUGAUCAUCCUGGAGAACAUCCUGGAGAACAUCCUGGAGAAUAUCCUGAACAUCCUGGAGAACAUCCUGGAGAAUAUCCUGGAAAAUAUCCUGGAGAAUGUCCUGGAGAACAUCCUGGAGAAUAUCCUGGAGGAUGUCCUGGAGGAUCUUGGGGGUUCUCUCGUUCCUGGUGGGGUUUGACAGCACCAAAGCUUCCUGGGUUGUGCUGGGAAAAAAUGGGAUCUGGUGUUGGGAAAACCAGGCCAAGACUGCACUUCACCAGGAAUUCCAACAGAGGAGGCCACAGGAGACACGGGAAUGCCAAGGGGAAGGAGUGGCACUCGUGGGACCUCGGAGGGGCACGAGGGAACUGUCCCCUCCUUCUGUGGAAGUGGAACUGGUGCUUCCAUGGGGAUGGAGCUGUCCCUUUUUCCAUGGGAAUUGAGCUGUUCCCUUUUUCCAUGGGGAUG